AUGAUUUUGAAUGUGCUUGGAAAUAUUCCGCAAAAGUACAAGUCUGCCAUCCUCAGUGUCUUAUGGGGACGUGAUCCUUUUCAUGCCAAAUGGUCUAUCCUUGCUCGCGCAUAUACCCUUAUGAGAGAUACCAAUGUCAGAAGAACUGUCUCUGAGUACCUUGCUCUUGUAUGUCCUUACAUUGGUAUCCUUGCUGUUAAUGAUUAUCUUACCGAUCUCAAUUGGAUAUUCGAAACAAAUGAAGAAGGGAUUGUUUGUCUUCGUCAAACUUCUCCAUCAGAUAUCCGUUCGUUUCCAGCACAUAUCGCUAGAACUACCUUGACAGAUUUGGACGUUAUCACUUUCUGUGGCUCCCAAGGUUAUUUGCCAGCCGCAACUGCUGCUGGCAUCGUUCAGGGCUGGAACCGUAUGCAUCCAAAUGCUAAUAUGGCUAUCCAAGGUACCCUCCCUGUUACACAACACAUUGCUUCCACUCAGAAUGCAUAUGGUGCCUGGGAGAUGCCUAAAGGUGUCAUUGUUGCUCCACCUCCCAAGCCAGCUUUCGACCACCCUCUUACUUACACUCUAUCUACACCACUGCCCACUGGCACACUGCCACCACCACCUCCUUGGUCCACUGGUAUGAUGGCUGGCUACUGGAGUCAGGACAAUGGGUCUAUUGACCUAAAUGGCCUUGAAAACCAAUUCGAUCAAUUCAACCCCACCUCUCUUGGUGAUGCAAACAGCCUCUAUGUUCCUGGCGAUAUCUCUCCACCAUCAGACUUGACCGAUUCAUAG